AACGGAUGAUGAUAAUCACCAUAGAAUUAUUAAUUCGUUCCUAUUUGAAUUAUGAUACAUAGAAAACAAAGAGAACAGAUAGUAUCCUUUUCUUUGAAACAAAAAUUCCCAUAUAUAUAUAUAUGUAUAUGACUACAUGUGUAUACAUACGGCUAAGUUAAAUACACAAUGUUGAAUAUUCACUAUUGAGUUCUAAUUUGGUUUAUAUAAGGAUUGAAUUAUCUUGUAAUCAAUUGUAUAUGUAUUAUUAUUAUUAUUGAGAGUUCUCCAUAAGAAAAACGUUGAUUCAUUUUAAAGGGAACAUUAUUAAAUGAAUUGAUUCUAAUGUCCGGAUUGUAUUAUCGUCCUAGUACAAGUGAACUAAAUUCAGAAGUGAUGAACCAAGAAGGAGAAGAUGAUGAGAGCCCAUUAAACAGUUUACUGAAUGAUGUUCCAAAUUAUAUGCAGCCUGACCCUAUAAAGUCUAAACUUAAUUCAGCUGUGAAAUCAGAUAAAAAGAAUAUCAAAGAUGAUUCUGUAAAUAUUAAAAAAAUUUCUUCUCGUUCUAGUGAUCAACAUCGUUAUCAUCAAAAAAAUAAUCCGAAUAAUGAUGUAAAUCAAUCACAAGAUGAUCAUCAUUUAUCAGAGAAACAAUCAUUAAUUAAUCAAAAUUCUAAAUAUUGGCCACAAUAUCUUAGCUCAGAUUAUUUAGGUCCAAUGGAAAAAAAUUUUGAAUUCAACAAUUGGGAUUGGUUACGAUUAAAUGUACUUGGAUCUGGUUGGGAAGAUCUACUUAGAGAAAUACCAGUCAGUCGUAAAGAAGCAUUAAAUUUACUUGUUAUUAUGAAGAAGAAAUUACUUAGAGCAGCAAGUGAAUUGACAUUUUACAAAGAACGUGUUACUAUAUUACAAGAUCAAUUAAUUCAUCAAAAAAGAAAUGAAGAGAAAUUGAUUCGACUUCAAGCUGAAUUCAAAUCUCAAUCAUUAGAUUUAGAUAAACUUAGUAAACAAGUCUCAAGAGUUCCAUUAUUGGAGAGAACAGUUAAACAACAAGAAGAACUUAUUUGUCGAUUAGAAACACUUCUUGAACGUCAAAGAAAACAAGCAUUAAAUGCAAAUCAUUCCAAUUAUUCAAUGAAUCCAUUAAAUACAUUAGAUAAUGAAUUAUUAGAAUCAUUUAAUGAUAAAUCAAUGACCAAUUAUCCAAAUAUUCAUUCAAAUAAUUCAAUGACAACAAUUGCAUUAAGAAAUUUAUCUAAUGAAAAUGAACAAUUACGUAAUACUAUAACUGAAUUAAAUAGAACUGUAUGUAAUUUAGCUAAACAACAACAAGAUAAUAAUGAAUAUCAUCAAACUAUUGAACAAAAAUAUCAUGAAGAAAUUCAAGCAUUAAAAGAACAACAAAAUCGUUUAGAAGAACAAACAUUAUUGAAAAAUAAAAGACUUGAUCAAAUUGAAAAUGAAAAAUUUCGGACAGUACUUGCAGAUAAUGAACGAUUAGAAUUGUACAAAUUAUUGGAUAAUGCUGAAUUAAGAAUCAAAGCAUUAGAAGAAGAGCUUGAACGUCAAGAUAUUAGAGUACCAAGAAAUUCUAAUGAUAUAGGAGCUUCACGUAAAUCUAAUUUAUCAAAAGAAAAUGCUUGGAAAUACUCUGGUCCAUCCAAAGUACCACUUGGAACAAGUGAUAUAUAUGCACGAAAAUCCCUAGAGAAGCCUAUUCCAGAGUAUGAUUCGUACUAGGGGCAAUACUAACAAAUCAUUUUAGUUUUUCGGGUUCAGUUUUCGAAUUGACUAAAACUAGACAAUCUUUCCCAUUGUUAAAUAGAGAAAAAGAAAAAUGUCAUCUUCUUUAUUAUCAACAUAAACAUGUCGCCAAUGUAUAUGCAAAAGAACCAUUUGAAUCCUAUGAAUCAAUUACAUGUUUACCUAAUCAAUAUAUACCUUCAUAUCAUAUACAUGAUAAUAAUAAUAGUAGUAAUAAUAAUAAUAAUAAAGAUAAGUAUAACUAUGAUUUAAACAAAGAUGAUAACAACUUUUAACCUUUUGUCAUUAUUACUUUCCUCUUUCAUGUGCUUUAUUCAUGUUCUAUUUGGGGUUUGAUUAAAACUUAUUUUAUUCAUAAACUUGAAUAAACUAACUACCUCAAUGAUGAUGUAUACGUGAGUCUUUUUCCAUUCAUUUUCAUUUUCACAUAGUAACCAUUUGUUUUAACGACUUAUUUUGUUUAAUUUAAAAGAAUAAAAUAAACAAUCAACUAUGACUUUAUUUGACUGAAUUCA